UGCUUUAAAUCGUUUAAGAAUGAACGACUUCAAACGACCAGGGAAUUCACAAUUACAGCAUCCUCAGAAGUUAGUAGUUAUCGAGCUCAUUUUAGUCGCCUUUAUGAUGCUCACGGUUGGUGUAGCUCUUCAGUAUCCCUACCUCAGUACCUGCAGGCUGAUUUCAAUCAAAUUGUAACAGUCACAGGCGUGGCCACUCAGGGAGAUGCUCAAAGGAACAACUGGGUGACAAGUUAUUUAAUCCGCUAUAGAUACGAUAAGAAAACAUGGAUUAGUUACGGUGCUGGAAAGGUAAAUCUGCAACGUGUAUUCAUAUAUCUGUCUGGAUUUGCUUAAAGGGACCUCCAGGAUUUUUUUCCCCGAUAUUCUCAUUUCGGGCUCGCUUACUUUACUUUUUUUCUUUGUUAUAACAUUUUGAGUACACAAAUCCUCUAACAAGCUGCAGUAGGCAUAAAAUCAGGCUCAUCCUCGGUGUAAAAACCUUUGAAACUCACGAGUGACGUAAAACAAUGAAUACAAAGAGCCACUGAGGAGCCAACACAAUCGAGCCAAGGAAAAUAAUAACUAGAAAACAAAGAAAACCUUCACAGCUUUUUACACCGAGGUAAACCCUAAAAUCAUGUGUUUAUAAUGCUGUCUGGCCUACCACGAACACCACUACCUGCGAUCAUUUCCAACAAUUCUCAUGUUCGUGUGAUAAAACAAUCCUACUUGAAAUCAGCGUACGCGAUAGAAGUUGUUUUCUCUGGUCGGUAGUUUUCUAGAUUUCUUUUUGGCCGCCUGGAGCAAAGUUUUCCGGAAGGCAUUAUUAAGCCUUAUGACGGAACAAGUCUCACGAUUGGCAAUCGUCCAAUUGCCGUUGUCCAGUCUGUUACCGUAUUUCGUCUCAUUUUGGUUACAUGGGUGAACUGAAAACUGACCUCGGGCUCGAGACAGAAAAUUAUCAUAUUGCGAACUUUGUUGCAAGUGGUGACGAGUCUCUGGCCUCAAAACUUAGGUUGUAGGAGUCGAACAAUGCACCAAUGUUUAGUUCUGCAUUGUCCGAUUACAACCUGUACUUUGACGCCCCUUAAUGAACCUAUUUGUAUAGUAACUGUGUGUGACUAUCUAACGUACUAAAUAUUCGAAGCAAAUACAGACUCAUUAAUAUCUAUAACUCUUUUACACUUUCAAGCAGACUUCAAGCGAGUAAAAACAAAAUCACACAACCUUUUAGGUAGUGGAUGUUUAAAUCUUGUCUUUUGUCAGACAUGUUGAGUCGACAGAUCAAAGAGAGAAGAUUAUUACUUUAAAGCUGAAGAUUUACUUAGUGCUUAAUGUAUCCCUGACAACUUUUCUUGUUUGUCCGAUAAUUAUCGGAACUUCAGUCGAGGAACAGGCCCCUGAACGGACAUUUGCAACCUCAGUUGGGGUGACUCGACCAGAGUCACGAGAAGCGUGAUCGAAGGGAGCGCGAGGGGUGAUGGGAAGGAAAAGCAGAAAAAUUCCUCCUUCCCAUCACCUCUAGCGCUCCCCUUCAGUCGGUUUGGGAAUAUACCACACAGAUUGUGGUCUCCUGUAAAUAAAGUUAGUUGUAUAUCUCCACUUACUUUGUUCUUGAUCUACCACUCAGCAUUUGACUGGAAACAGCGACAGAAAUACCAUUGUUGUCCACUGGUUUGCUCCCCCGUUUGCAGCGCAAUAUGUCAGAAUAUUUCCCAAAACAUAUACUGGUAAAAUGUGUAUGAGAAUGGACUUGUUUGGCUGUAAGGAU